GAAAACUGUGAGGUUUUCAUACUGCGUGAGAAGUAGUCGUUUUAAAGAGCCUUCUUCAGAUGUUAUGAAAAGUAAAACAAAGCAUUUCUUCAAGCAAAUGCAGGGACAUGUCCCUAUCCCCUUUUUUGGUUGUGCAUUUGCAGUGGAGAGUGUGUGGUCGAGGCACUGUGUUUUGGGGCCAAAAUACUAUAAAAGAAGACCAUGUGACUCCUCGUAAGAGAUUGAGGAUCAUGGAUACUAGAAAAUCCAACUGCCCAGCAACUUUAAAUAUGAAGUGUAUAAGGGUGUAUCCUGAUUACAGUAUGCACUCAGCAACUGAACACAGGGAUACCAAGGCAAAAGUUCUUGCAAGUCUACAGAAAGAUUUGGCAUUGCCAUGCCCGCCUAAGAGCUAUCUACGUUAUUAUUUGACUGCUUCCCCAGCAAGUGCGCACACACAUACUACUGAAAGUGUUGAAGCAAGUGGGUACAUACAUCCUUCACUUGUAAAGGAUAUCAAAAACUUAGUACUCAGUGGCAUGACAUCUCUCAAAGUCAUUAAGUUGGCUCUAGACAGAUUUGUUGAAAUCAAUUUCACUGGGACACACAUACCAGGUCAAAUGAAUACUACCUUUUACCCCACAGAGAAAACUAUUUAGAGUCACAUUUAUCGGACCC